AUGAGUCCGGACAACCCAAACUUUGUGAGUCCAAACAUGGAUUUUGAAGAUGAUCGCUCGAAUGACGAAGCCACAAAGAUACCGGUCCAACCUAGAGUGGGGGGAAAUGAUAAGACACCUGUUGUCCAAAAUCCACAUCAAGUCGAAGAAAACCCUGAGGAAGACGAAGUCGCACUCCCCAGAGAAAGCAGAAAUCGUCGCCCCCCGGAACAAUAUGGAUUAUCCUACACGUUUAACAUAACAAAAGAGGAAAACAUACAAGAACCCAAGUCGUAUAAUGAAGCAAUUCGUUCACCGCAUGCAGAAAACUGGAGAAAAGCUAUGCAAGCAGAGUACGAGUCACUAAUGGACAAUAAUACCUGGACAUUAGUCGAUGAACCAGAAGAUCAACAAGUCUUACCUGGAAAAUGGGUGUAUAAAGUAAAGUAUGGAGCAAACGGCCAAGUCGAUAAGCUCAAGGCAAGAUACGUAGCAAAGGGUCAUGCUCAAAUCGAAGGCCUAGAUUUCUUUGACACAUAUGCUCCAACAUGCAAACCAGAAACUUUUAGAAUUCUAUUAGCAACUGCAGCACGAAAGGACUUAUAUCUUGGUCAGAUGGACGUGAAAUCAGCCUACCUUCAUUCCAAAAUAGAAGAACAAAUUUAUCUGGAGCAGCCAGAGGGGUUUGUCAAGAAAGCAAACUCAGGACAAAAACUUGUGUGCAAAUUGAACAAAGCAAUCUAUGGUCUAAAACAAGCUGCGAAAAACUGGUAUGAAGCUCUGACAAGUCUACUUCUCAAGAAAGGAUUCAAACGAAGCUGCAACGACUGUUGCCUAUUUGUAAGAAAGGAAGAAAAUGGAACAUUUUCCUAUGUGUUAGUCUGGGUAGAUGAUAUAGUAGUGGCUAGAGAGACCGAAGAAGCAAUUAACAAAAUUAAGUCAAUGUUAAAUGAAAAUUUCAAGUUGGAUGAUCGUGGCGACCUAAACUGGUUGUUAGGAAUGCAAAUCCUGUGA